ACCUGCCUCAGCCUUAGCUGAGCAGCCGCCGCCACCGGGUGCCCCCCGCUCCCCACUUCACCAGCGCCCGCUCCUCGGCUCGACCCGGGGUAGUUUGUAGGGACGCAGCUCUCCACGUGCGCGACUGCAAGGCUGGACGCUGCAGGUUCCUGGAAAGGAGACACCAGCAUUUGCCACAAUGCUGUCAUCCACUGACUUUACAUCUGCUUCCUGGGAGCUUGUGGUCCGCGUUGACCAUCCCAAUGAAGAGCAGCAGAAAGACAUCACACUGAGAGUAUCUGGAGACCUUCAUGUCGGGGGAGUGAUGCUCAAGUUAGUAGAACAGAUCAACAUAUCCCAAGACUGGUCAGACUUUGCUCUUUGGUGGGAACAGAAGCAUUGCUGGCUUCUGAAAACCCACUGGACCCUGGACAAAUAUGGGGUCCAGGCAGAUGCAAAGCUUCUCUUCACCCCUCAGCAUAAAAUGCUGCGCCUUCGCCUGCCGAAUUUGAAGAUGGUGAGGUUGCGAGUCAGCUUCUCAGCUGUGGUUUUUAAAGCUGUCAGUGAUAUCUGCAAAACCCUGAAUAUUAGAAGAUCAGAAGAGCUUUCCUUGUUAAAGCCUUCUGGUGACUAUUUUAAGAAGAAGAAGAAAAAAGACAAAAAUAAUAAGGAACCCAUAAUUGAAGAUGUUCUAAACCUGGAGAGUUCUCCAACAGCUUCAGGUUCAUCAGUAAGUCCUGGUUUAUACAGUAAAACCAUGACUCCUAUAUAUGACCCCAUCAAUGGAACACCAGCAUCAUCCACCAUGACUUGGUUCAGUGACAGCCCUUUGACGGAACAAAACUGCAGCAUCCUUGCAUUCAGCCAACCCCCCCAGUCUCCGGAAGCACUUGCGGAUAUGUACCAGCCUCGGUCUCUGGUUGAUAAAGCCAAGCUCAAUGCAGGUUGGCUAGACUCCUCGCGCUCCCUUAUGGAACAAGGCAUCCAAGAGGAUGAGCAGCUGCUGUUACGAUUUAAAUACUACUCUUUCUUUGACUUGAAUCCUAAAUACGAUGCUGUCCGAAUAAACCAACUCUACGAACAAGCCAGAUGGGCCAUUCUCUUAGAAGAAAUUGAUUGCACAGAGGAAGAAAUGUUGAUCUUUGCAGCUCUACAGUACCACAUUAGCAAACUGUCGUUGUCUGCUGAAACACAGGAUUUUACAAGCGAGUCUGAGGUUGACGAAAUAGAAGCAGCGCUUUCUAAUUUGGAAGUAACCCUAGAAGGUGGAAAAGCAGACAGCCUUUUGGAGGACAUUACUGAUAUCCCUAAACUUGCAGAUAAUCUCAAAUUAUUUAGGCCCAAGAAGUUACUACUAAAAGCUUUCAAACAAUAUUGGUUUGUCUUUAAAGACACAUCCAUAGCCUACUUUAAAAAUAAGGAACUUGAACAAGGAGAACCAGUAGAAAAACUAAAUCUUAGAGGCUGCGAAGUUGUGCCCGAUGUAAAUGUAGCAGGGAGAAAAUUUGGAAUCAAGUUACUAAUCCCUGUUGCCGAUGGUAUGAAUGAAAUGUAUUUGAGAUGUGACCAUGAGAAUCAAUAUGCCCAAUGGAUGGCUGCCUGCAUGUUGGCAUCGAAGGGCAAAACCAUGGCAGACAGCUCCUACCAGCCAGAGGUCCUCAACAUCCUUUCCUUCCUGAGGAUGAAAAACAGGAACUCUGCAUCUCAUGUGGCUUCCAGUCUCGAAAACAUGGAUAUGAACCCAGAAUGUUUUGUGUCACCACGGUGUGCAAAAAAACACAAAUCUAAGCAGCUGGCUGCCCGGAUCCUGGAGGCACACCAGAACGUGGCCCAGAUGCCCCUGGUCGAAGCCAAGUUGCGGUUCAUCCAGGCAUGGCAGUCACUGCCUGAGUUCGGCCUCACCUACUACCUUGUCAGAUUUAAAGGAAGCAAAAAAGAUGACAUUCUGGGAGUUUCAUAUAACAGGUUGAUUAAAAUUGAUGCAGCCACCGGGAUUCCAGUGACAACAUGGAGAUUCACAAAUAUCAAACAGUGGAAUGUAAACUGGGAAACCCGUCAGGUGGUCAUCGAGUUUGACCAAAACGUCUUUACUGCAUUCACCUGCCUGAGUGCAGAUUGCAAGAUUGUGCAUGAGUACAUUGGCGGCUACAUUUUCUUAUCUACCCGCUCCAAGGACCAGAACGAAACACUCGACGAGGACUUGUUCCACAAAUUGACCGGCGGUCAGGAUUGAAGCAAGCAUGCGUGCUUGGCUCACACCAACAGGGCAAGCCAAAGGCGCCCCUCCCCGGAGGGAUGGGAUCCAUAACUUCCCCAGCAUGUAGAUACUGAACUAACAGACAACAUACAUUCGCCGCUGGUCACCCAGGUCCUCACCUCAUCCAAACCCACUGCUGGCACAUCCCUUUCCUUACUUUGCCCUGUGCUACCAGCCAUGGAAGGAGCCUCUCUUGUUUUUUCUAGAAGAUGGGUGAGCAGGAGAAAAGGAGGUGCCCUAAGAUUGCUCUAAGGCCUAGUAUAUGGUUACAGUUCUGUGACUUGCAGAACCUGCCAGGUGGAUGGCUAUAAGUAUCCUUGUCCUGAUCUGUCUCAUUACUAAGUCAGUGGAGAAGACAGAAAGGUAAAAAUCACAUGAAGAAAGAACAACUCUUAUUUCACAAACUCAGGUAUGAAACUAAAUGCCUGUCCUUCAUGGAACUGCUUUUAGCUCCUGUCUUUUCAAAAUGGCAGAGGGAGUUCCUACACACACUUUUUCCCUGGAGGCGAAGGUCUGGGGUAGAAAGGGGAGGGGUGGGGCUACCAGGUAGCAGCUGACGACCCAAGGUCAGAGCAGUGGCCCUCAGUGUCAUCUGUCCACAGUGAUACCUGCCAAGAUGACCACUGACCCAUAUCUGAUCUUAGUCAUUGAUCUCCUCAGGUUUCUUGGGCCACCUGCAAUCCCCAUUCCAUUCCUACAGAUCUCUCAGCCACCUGUAAGUCCUUUGUGAAGACGUGGGUAACACAGGGGGACAGGAAAACCCAUUUCUCAACCCAGAUCCAUGUCUCAACUGCUUCUACUCUGGGUUGGGAUUCAGGAAGACAGGCACAGUCCUCUCUGUCCAUAGAAACACCUGUCAGCGUCAAGGAUUCCAGUCAAGUCUCUAUCCCAACUGGUCAGGGAGAGAAGGGCAGACCUAUUCUCAAAGACCACCAUGUCCAAGGUCUGAUGGGAAGCGUCCCUCUUACUGCUGGUCUGUGUUCUCCUGGAUUUGGGAUCUGUGUUGGUAUGACUCCUGGCCUUUUCUCUAAAGGCCUUUGGCUUUUGUAAAUCAUGAGCCAGUAAUAGACUUUUUUCUCCC